GUGGCCAUUGAAACUUGCGUCAACAUAUGUGGCGCAGCCGAUUACAUCUUCGCCGGUGUCGAAUUCGGCAAUUGUGACUCCGCCCUGCAAAUCCCGAGUCAAGCGGCACCAGUUACAGAGUGUGGUAUCGCAUGCAGCGGAAACGCCAACGAGACCUGCGGUGGUGCUAAUAGGUUAAACAUCUUUAACAAUGGCAAGCCACCCCCAGUGAUUGUACAGAGUGUUAAUACAACGACGGGGAUGUGGCAUUAUCAGGGAUGCUUUACGGAUAGUACGGCGGCACGAACGCUUAGAGUCGGCGUGAAUAUUCCCAGAGGUACCACCGCUGAGUCAUGUACUGCAGCCUGUGCGGCUGCUGAUGGGUUUGUGAACGCGGGUUUGGAAGAUGGGCACGAGUGUUGGUGUGACAACGUAAUCAACAACCCAGCACAACGUACGUCCGACAAUGACUGCCGCAUGGUAUGUCAAGCCACCCACACCGAGUUUUGUGGAAACGCGAACCGCGUCGCAGUAUAC